AUGUUUCGGUCGACGAUUUCCAAGUGGAGCCAUCGUUCGGCACGCCCUCAUGGCCAGGCCACAGGCGAGAACCUCGGUGGUAGCGGUAGACCGGUUCCCACGGGAACGAACUCCUCCAUGGUCGGAGGGACGACUUCUGGAGCAGGUGAUGCAAUGUCUACGGCAGACGUAGCGGCCCACGAUAACUACGACACCAUGGACCCAGGUCAACUGAUUGUACGCCGUAGAGAUCGUACACUCUGGUGGGUGGUCAGGCGGCGCUCAUCGCCCAAUCUUCUGGUCAAGCGUUGCACGUGCGGAAGUCAGGACCUGCCGAGCUGCAAGUGCAGUGACGACAGUAACAGCGAAGAUCGGCUUCAAUCUGCCGGUGACUUCAGGGAAGUGCAGAGGCUCAGCGUGGCGGGACUGAGGAUGACAGGAGUAUACCACCACAACAUUGGCUCUGCUGUGACUCUGCAGGACGAGCUGCGAGAGCUCGAGACACUACUGUACAGACUUGACGAGAGAGACCGCGAGUUCCCCGGCAUGUUGCGGAGCAGGGAAUACUGCGACAAGAGAUCCCAAACCAGGAAGAUGUUGCUGCACCGGACCCGGAGGAAGUGGAUGGACUACGGGAAGACCAAUGACGUUCGAUCGUUGAAGAAUGCCUCGAGAUACCAGCUAGGAUACCUGAGCAGUUUCUUCCGCCCACGGCCUCCCAUAGACGGCAACGAGAACUUUCUUGUCGCUGACGGGGACCUGAAGAGCGUCAGGCCGGACGGAGACGGCGUCUGGCUGGAUGAGGUAUUGCUGUACUUGAUGAUCAGAUACGAGUGUCGGCCCCUGAGGAUCAGCCAGAUAGUUGACGACCAAGGACACGACGCACGUCAACAUACCCGAACUGAAAAACCAACUGGUGCGAGAGCUUUAAGCUCGACAGAACACGUCGAGCAGCAACGCGGACAACGGACGAGUCGCUCAAGUCAGAGUAACCCGAGACACACGCUGUACGAUAGGGAUCGAAUCCACGCGUUCACGAUGGUCAUCCUGAUCGGACUCUUGCUUUGCUUCCUUGCUGGACCUCUGUAUCCCCUCUACAGCUGGGUGCAAGGUGAGGUGACGCCCGGGAGGAUGGGCAUGAUUAUGGGACUGCAAUGUGUGUGUACCUUGUUGUUCGGCAUGGUGCUGGCUAUCUUUACGAAUGCGAAGCGGCAUGAGAUCUUCACAGCCUCAGCGACAUACAUGGCCAUCUUGGUGGUUUUCAUGGGACAGAGUCCAGCAUAG